UCAAAAUAUCCACUCUUCUCUUAAUAUAGUACCAAAACCUGAGAUUCAACAGUUUUUUCUUGAAGCUAAUUAAGUCUGAAAUGGAAGUAGGCAAGAGAAUGAAGAUGUUACAGAGGAAGUCGUCGAUAGAGACAGAGCCCAGGACGUUGCAUCUCGAUCAAAUAGAAAAUGCCCGAGAGGAGGCAUUGUGUGUGAUAAAUACAAAGACCUUCCAGGAAGCACUGGAUAUUUUCACAAAGGAGACGCAAGAGGGCUUAAGGGCUGGUGAGGAGAAAAGAGGAAGAUGUUUAGGUUUGAAGGAUUAUGAUGAUGAAGAUGAGAGAUUAAUCUUUCUUGAUCCUCGUGGUUGGGACAUUGCUUCAGCUCCUUUUUAAUUAGAAAUUUUUUGUUUUGUUUUAGUCUCUUUGUCAGUUUUGAUGUAACUCUUCAUUUCACCGUGUAAAUAUGCUACUAAACAUAAUUAGAUCCCCUAUAAACACAA